AUGACGACUGCAGUGGGUGAAGCCUUCUACACGUCGGUGUGCCUGCACCAGGCUACAGGGAACCUCUUUUUGCACCUCAGAUGCUCACAGAAGCCCCCUGGCCGAGCCACUUCACCCGACGAGCCCUCAGCGGUGGCCGCCGCCGGGGAAAGCCCUGAGUCAUCGCCGCCUCCAGACGGCGGCGGCCGCGGGCUGAGGGCGGCGGCGGUGGCGCGAGGUGAUGCGGGGACGCCAGGAGAGGGCGUGAGAGCAGGGAAAACAGUGGAAAUGGGCGCGCGCCCCGCGCCCCGCGCCCCGCUGCCGGCUGGCACCUGGAGUUGGCGACGCUGCGUCUCCUCCCCCGAAGGGGCGACGGGGUCCACGGGGAUCGGCGCGGUGCUCAGCACCAUGGCCAUGGUCACCAACUGGAUGUCGCAGACGCUGCCCUCGCUCGUGGGGCUUAACGGCACCGUGUCCCGCGCCGGCUCCUCCGAGAAAAUCACCCUGUUUCAGAGCCCGGAGGAAGGCUGGCAGCUGUACACCUCAGCCCAGGCCCCUGAUGGGAAAUGCAUCUGCACCGCCGUCAUCCCUGCACAGAGCACUUGCUCCCGUGACGGCCGCAGUCGAGAGCUGCGGCAGCUCAUGGAGAAGGUUCAGAACGUCUCCCAGUCCAUGGAAGUCCUGGAGUUGCGGACGUAUCGAGACCUCCAGUAUGUACGCAGCAUGGAAACCCUUAUGCGGAGCCUGGAUGCGAGGCUCCGGGGUGCCGACGGGUCCCUCUCAGCCAAGAGCUUCCAGGAGCUGAAGGACAGGAUGACUGAGCUUUUGCCCCUGAGCCUGGUCCUGGAGCAGUACAAGGCCGACACUCGGACCAUCGUGCGUCUGCGGGAGGAGGUGAGGAAUCUCUCCAGCAGCCUCGCAGCCAUCCAGGAAGAGAUGGGGGCCUACGGCUACGAGGACCUGCAGCAGCGGGUGAUGGCCCUGGAGGCCCGGCUCCACGCCUGUGCCCAGAAGCUGGGCUGUGGCAAGCUGACAGGGGUCAGCAACCCCAUCACCAUUCGGGCCAUGGGGUCUCGCUUCGGCUCCUGGAUGACUGACACAAUGGCCCCCAGCGCGGACAGUCGGGUCUGGUACAUGGAUGGCUACUACAAAGGCCGCCGGGUCCUGGAGUUCCGCACCCUGGGGGACUUCAUCAAAGGCCAGAACUUUAUCCAGCACCUGCUGCCCCAGCCCUGGGCGGGCACCGGCCACGUGGUGUACAACGGCUCCCUCUUCUACAACAAGUACCAGAGCAACGUGGUGGUCAAGUACCACUUCCGCUCGCGCUCGGUGCUGGUGCAGCGGAGCCUCCCGGGCGCCGGUUACAACAACACCUUCCCCUACUCGUGGGGCGGCUUCUCGGACAUGGACUUCAUGGUGGACGAGAGCGGGCUCUGGGCCGUGUACACCACCAACCAGAACGCGGGCAACAUAGUGGUCAGCCGCCUGGACCCACACACGCUCGAGGUGCUGCGCUCCUGGGACACCGGCUACCCCAAGCGCAGCGCCGGCGAGGCCUUCAUGAUUUGCGGGGUGCUCUACGUGACCAACUCCCACCUGGCAGGGGCCAAGGUCUACUUCGCCUACUUCACCAACACGUCCAGCUACGAGUACACGGACGUGCCCUUCCACAACCAGUACUCCCACAUCUCCAUGCUGGAUUACAACCCCCGGGAGAGAGCGCUCUACACCUGGAACAACGGCCACCAGGUGCUCUACAACGUCACGCUCUUCCAUGUCAUCAGCACCGCCGGGGACCCCUAG